AUGCUUCUGUCACUCAUCAUUCUCACGGUUUGCACAUUUGCAUUCUGCAAUGCAGCCUCCACCUCGGCAAAAUCGGUGCACUAUGUGGUGCAAGAGGAGUGUGGACCCGGGACGUACAUCGGGAACCCCAUUCGUGAUGCCAAUAUCCAAAGUGAGAAUAAGCAACCCCUCUUCAUCAAACUCAUGUACAGUAAAAAGGGGGAUUUUGCAUUAAACGAGACUACAGGGGAUCUUCGCACAACUAGGCAUCUGGAUCGGGAAGCUCUCUGUGGUCGUGGCGUGCACCCACGGAGGAAGCUCAACCCACUGCCUCUGCAACGCGCAGACAGCAUCAAAACCCCUAAGGAAAUUAAAUACGCCAAAGUGGUCAUUUCUACCGCUGCGUCAUCGCAGAAGUGUCAAGUAGAGUUGAGCAUGGUGGUGCACAGUGGGGACAACCUCUUAGAGACUUGGAUAAACGUCCACAUUGUCGUGCAAGACUUGAAUGACAACUGGCCCUACUUUGAGGAAGGUUCUUGGAAUCUUACAUUGAGUGAACUUACCUCUGUUGGUGCCACGUUCCAGCUUCCACAAGCUGUCGAUUUGGAUGAACCAGAACGUUCCGUCCUGCGCUACGGUUUGGUCGAUGAGAGCUUUCCCUCCUGUCGGAAUCACUUUUCCAUCACGUGUCAGUCUGAAAUAGUUUCCUGUGACCUUCGCCUUGUUCUUGAGAAACCUGUGGACUUUGAAGUGUGCCAGCACCACCAUCUGAUCCUUUUUGCAGAAGACUCAGGCUCUACUGAAGCCAUUCUGCCUAUUUGCGUAAAUAUUAAGAACGAAAACGAGCACCAACCACGGUUUAUUCAAUCCAGCACCCAUUUAAGCAUCCCUCGAGAUAGCCAGCCUAGAAUUCCCCUAACCAAAUUUCACGCAGUGGACAAAGACGCUGGGAAGGACGGUGAAAUUACUUUCCUAACAAAUUCAACCUACUUCGAGGUGACUGAUGGAAAGUUACUGCUUACGAGAAGUCUGCUUCACUACCCGGAGAAGAAAAUGAAAGUUUUUGUGACUGCUACUGAUGCCGGGAAUCCACCGCGUCAGUCAACCUUAGAGGUGGCUGUUGAAAUAACCGGUGAGGAGGCAGAAUUACAACCUGGCAAGAUUUUCAUCAAACCACUUGGAGGAGAGGCAAUCAGUGGCUCCGACGCACCCAUCCUGCUUCCCAAUUCUGCGGAGAAGGACACGCUAGUUGCACUGAUUUGGACAGAAGGUGGCACUUCCAAGGUUUCAUGCUCUAUGCAUCCUGCUCUUUCACAUUUUGCCCUCGAAAACGCCGGUCUCCUUAUGGGUAAACCCACGUUUACAUUGAAGGUUAACAAGUCAUACAAUUUCUCACAGAAAUUUGACAUUAUACGGAGCCGUGUCGAGGCCCAGGAUGUUCGUGUCACUUGUGGCAGCAGUCAAUUAAGUCUUCAUAUUCGUCUAGCGCCUCCGCCGGGACAGCAAUUCCGAUUCCCUCAGAAGGAAGUUCACCUCUCUAUCGAAGAAUCCUCCAGCCCAAUUAUUGGUUUCUACACUCUCAGACCCCUGAAUGGAGUUGGUGAGAUUUAUUUUAAAAAGGACUGCAACUCUCCUGAAUGCGCACGUAUGCAUGUAAAUUCAAGAACGGGAGUCUUAUCCAUUCCUCACGGGAUUGAUCGUGAGGUCACUCCAGAAUUGCGUUGUCGUUUCUCCGCCUCCGAUAGUGAUCACCCCGCUAAUCGGAUUCGCGUUGAUAUUGUAAUAACCGUGAAGGAUAUUAACGACUGUGCACCGUCAUUAUCCCAAUUGUACUACUCUUUACCAGAAUUUGAUGGCUUGAUGCAAACCCCCAUCCUGCCCACUUGGAUACCUCUCCUCAAACUUGAUGCUCUUGAUUUCGAUGAAGGAUUAAAUGGAUCAGUUCAUUUUGAGCUAAGAAGUGUAAAAACUUUCAGUAACGGCUCCAGCAACGAUCGUAUUCCCAAAUUUCGUUUAUCAACUGAGUCUGGUGAGGUCUCCAUCAAGGGGAAAGAUUAUCCUCUUUUAGACAGGGAGGAGAUUUCAGAAAUAGUGCUAUUUGUUUACCUUUAUGACUUGGGCAGUCCCUUUCGACUCUCCGCCACGUAUGAGGUCAAGCUUACCCUGGAGGACGUCAACGACAACGCUCCAAUAUUCUUUGAUUCAGAGAGCGAAGCGCUCCUCCGAAAUAUGCCCUGGUAUCGCUCAACAGAUCCUGUGCCUGGAUUUUGGACUCAAAUUCGCAUCUACGAUCCCGAUCAAGGUGAAAAUGGAACUACCGUUCUGUCAGUGCUUGAAAAGCCGCCUGUGGAUUCCACAGACCCCAACUUGCGUCCACAUCAGGUGACCCUCUUCAAGGACGGGCGAUUAUGGGUGGCAGAAGGGUUGGUAAAAGGUGUAGCCUUGCAGGUAGUCUAUCUUCGUGCAGUUGACAUGGGCUCCCGCCGUCAGCUCCACAGCGAAGCCAAACUCGUAGUCGAUCCCGAGAGCGAUCAGCAUGGUCGUAAUCAAUUAAAGCGCCCGAUGUUUGUGCGUAGCAAUAGCUACAGCGCAGGACAAUUUAUGCAAAAGUUAGUGCGUCUCAAAGACACCUUCACGUCCGCCCCAGUUGCUAUGAGUAAGGCUCACGUCAUCCUCCUCAUUGUCGGUGUCAGUCUGAUCUGUUGCAUUCUGGCCAGCACCUGCGUUGCUUGUGUGGUACUGCGAAAGUAA